AUGAUAGGGAAACUUCCCAUGGGUGUUGCCUCCCCCUAUGUGAAGAUGAGCUCAGGGGGCUGCUCAGACCCCCUGAAAUUCUACGCCACCAGCUACAGCACAGCCUACGGACGAGGUGAGUUCAAGCCCCACCUGGGCAGCCAUGAAGGCACAGGUUACAAGUCAAACUACCGUCCUCUGGCCACCUACCAGCCCAACAUGGAUACGAUGGACAAUCCAGCCAUGAGAGAACAGGUCCGAGACAGCCUCCAGUCAGUGGCCAGCCAGAGUUACUGCCCUCCAGAGAAGCCCGACGCCAAAGGCCCGCUGCCCUGGAACAUGCACCAGUCUCCCUCAGGCUACGGGCGGGAGCGGCUCCACACGGGGCCCAUCACCACCAAGGAGAUCAGGAAGGUUCAUUUCGACACGCAGGAUCACGGGCCCCAGACCAUCACAGGGCUGGAGCCCAAGCAGGUGCCUCUGCUCCACCAGCACCUCGACAAGGGCUCCCUGGAGCUGGAGAACAUGCGCCAUGGGCCCCGAUACAUGACUACAGAGUACAACGCCAAGUACCUCAAAGAUCCUCCCCACCAGGCAGAGUUCUUGCACAAAAAAUCCAUUGGCGCCAAGGAGGAUACUGGCUUCACCAAAGAUUCCAACGAGAAUCCUAUCAUCUUCCAGCCACCGUCCCAGGCUCCUCCUGGAGACCCCGUCCUCCUCCCAAGCCAGAGUGUCACCAAGUCCGACUUCAUGCCAAUGACUCACCCACAAGGAAGUGACCACCUCCCCGUGUUGGCCAGAGGCUCUGAGCGGGAGACGGGCUACAGCCGAGUGAAUGAGAGGAUCCUGAACCCCAGAGUACCCCCACCAAGUCUAGAAUCCAGAAGCCUGGGCUCCCGGCAGUACCAGGCACCCCAACGAGUACAACAGUCAAACGUGGCCAUGCUUGGCAGAGACACUGUAGGAAGAAAGGAGCUCUCGGGGUUCAGUCUUAACAACCCCACCUACUUCCGGAGCUCCUGUGACCCCAACAGGGAUCAGCAGUACCUGACCACCUACAACCAAGGGUACAUGGACAACAUCCCCAGAGGCCGAGACUGGGAAGGCUGGACUCGAGGCGGCGUCCAGCCCCAGAUGGCAGGAAGCUAUGCCCUCAACAUGGAGGGGGCCCCAAGCCCUACAGAGUGCCAACGGCGCCCGAACCCCCCCAACAUGGCAAGAACUAUGACCUCAGCUGACCCCUUUUCCCGAAAUCCAGCUCAUGGCACCUACCACCUGGCCUCCAGCUGAACCUAAGGCCCCCCCCAGGCUGCACUGCCUCCCAGCGACAGGAGCAGAGCCCAGCCUUCCCUCCAGCUCCCACGGAG